CCUCAGCACAUAUGCCUAUUUGAUUUUAGGGGUAAUAUUGCCAAUAGCACAUGUGAGGGCUGUGUUGGAGAUGUGAAGUGUGCACUAGAACGAACUCUUGAAAGUUCUCGACGAUUUGCUAUGGGAGAUUUGUCGGCUGUUUCAUAUCUCUUGUGGCACCUUGGACCUCAGAAUUGGCACUGCGAUUUACAGCACAAUUUCGAACAGUUCAAGCUCAUUCAGUACUCUCCAGAGAAAAAGAAAGAAUUGAAUGAUAAUCUUUGGAAGGUUCUCGAAGAAGGAAACGUUGAGCGAUCGAAAAUCGAACUCAUUACCUCCCAAAUUUCCAAUGGGACGUCAAUCCACGCCACGAGCCAUAAAAACGAGACAAAAAAAUAUGAGAAGCAUAUGCGAGACAUCGAAGUGCAACGCCUCCUUGUUAAGAUAUUUUACUGGGAUUAUGUGCUUUUCAACUACACCUUGCCAAAUGUUCAAUUCUAA